AUGCCGCAGCGACUGCAUGAAGAUGCAGGGAGUCGGCCUAUCAGAGCGCCUCGACGCCGCGUCAGCAGUCUGCAUCGUGAGUUGCAUCGCCCCGCGCAGCCUUGCGGGCUGAAGCCACGAGAGUCCAAGGAGGUCAAAACUGGGUGAUUUAACUGUCAUCCCACCAAACCGGCGUGGGGAGUUCAGGUUGUCUUGAACCUCGUUUCCGUCCCCCUGGAUGACGUUGUAUAACGAGACUGGCAAAGGGAAAGAAGAAAAAAAGAAAAUGGCGACGAUGUUCCGAACCUCGGAACGUCUCUCCAAUUUAUUCACGGUACAAAAGACGGAACGGGAGAGCGACACAUGGCCGUACCCCGAGCUCUCGAUCGGGCGGUUCAUCACCAAGUACGGCAAGGUUUCGUGCUGGGAGGCCAAGGGCCCGGCGAGGGCGGCCUUUGACGAUAUCGCGCCCAGGAUCAAAGAGUACCUGGAGAGAUCGGCCGAGCCCAUCUCCAGCUGGGUGACAUGGUCAAUCUACAUGUUCGGCAAGACGCAUAGCAGCGCUAGUCCCACCAUAAUGUUCUGCUGCGAGGUCGCCGCCCAUCGCAAGGAGGUGCGGAACACCAUCCGGGAGAGCGGCCUCCUGAACGGCUACCGCGGGAUCAAGACGGGCCACAUGCCCAAGACUCCCGACUUCGACCAUCUCAUCCCGCUGGCGCCAGGGAGCCGCCAUGAGGCGAUGAGAAAGGCGGAAGUCUUCAGGCCGCUAGAGAGCAGAAGCAACCAUGGUAGCGAAUUGGAGAUAUUGGAGACAAGCAACCAUUACAAUGAACCGGAAGCGAGAGACGAUGAUAAUGAACCGGAAGCGAGCGACGAUGAUAACGAAUUGGAGGUAUCUGUCCACCACUCGGUAUUUCCUACCAUUCUCAGCGGAAACAUUGGACCAGAGAGCGAUUUCCUCGGGUCACCGGGGAGCAGAAGCAACCAUGAUAAUGGUUCCAGUUUAUUUGUCGGCGAUUCGAAAUCUCCUGCCACUAUCGGCGGCGUCAUUAAAUCAGGGGGCAAAUUCUACUAUACCACGGCCGCACAUGUCUUCCAAAGCCACGAGCGUAGAGCGGAGGUCACCGCGGAAGGCGAGAGUGAUGAGGACAGCGGAAUCGAUAUCGACGGCUUUGAUGACGGCGACUUCGAGAGCGACUCCGAGAGCGACGAAGAGGCGGAUAGCGACUCUGGCGCUACACCACAAGAGGUUCUCUCGUGGGUAAAAGAAGCAGAACCGCUUACAGAGCCGGAAGACUCUUCUAGCAGCGUUGUCGACUCUUCUAGCAGCGUUGUCGUCGAACCGGACCAUGAGAUUUUAGGAGCCCCCUUCUUCAAUUCCCUCGAAUCUGGGUCGUACCCUGGUCUCGACUACGCCCUCAUCCACGCUCCCCAUCUUCCUUACGAGUGGAGAAACCAGGUCCGCAACCCGAACUUAUCCCCUGGGAGCAGAAUGGUUACAAUCACAGCCCUGGCGAGCCCAAAGCUCAAGGAGACACGAGAAAUUCUGAGCGCCACCUCCAGGGGAGUUCUUACUGGAAUCCUAUCAGGCGCCCCCGUAUACUGCCGUUCCUCGAACAACGCCCAGUUUACAAUGAGCCUCAGCGCCGUCUUCGACUCGCCACUCCAAGUCGGGGACUGCGGUUCGUGGGUCGUCGAUGCCCGGACGGGCGACUUGUACGGUCACAUUGUCGCCGGCUCCCCGGGCACCGGCCGCGCGAUUGUGGUCCCUUUCGAUUCUAUUUUCGAAGACAUCAAAGGACGAAUCGGGGAGCGGCCACGGCUCCCCGGGGAAGCGGUCGACCUGGCAGACGGAAGCUGGGCCAAGGACCUAGGCGAACGCUUUGGGCGGCUCAUCGCCGCAAACCGGAAAGAGUUGUUUCGCAAAGGAGCAGCCCCCCCGGGAAACCUCCAUGACCCCAAGGCCAGCAAGCCUCCCCCAUACACAGCCGACACCGCCCACCCGAUCAUGCGGGCCCUCCCCGUCCUCCCGGCGCCGCCGCAGCCGGGCGACAUCGCGGCGCGGGACUUCCGCAACCUGCUUCUCAAGCUCAGCGCGAUGCCCAUGAAGUACGAAGACUCCGGGCGCCUGGACGAGGCGCUGGCCGUGCUACCACUAGACAGGUUGUACUCGGAAGCCGAGGAGGAGGCGCAGAUCAUGCAAACCGAGGCGGAAUCAUUGGGCGACGGUAGCCGCCCUCAAUGGGCGUACCGUGACUGCGUAGUCCGGGCGCUACUGCGUUGGUUCAAGCGCGACUUCUUCACCUGGGUCAACAACCCGCCUUGCCGCGUCUGUGGGUCGGCCACGGUCUACGCCGGCAUGGCGUCGCGGACCGACGAGGAGAAGUCGUGGGGCGCGACGGGGGUGGAGCGUUUCCGGUGCGUGAAGCCUGACUGCGGGUCCGACGAGCGGUUUCCGCGGUACUCGGAUCCCUGGAAGCUUCUGGAGACGAGGCGGGGCCGGGUUGGGGAGUGGACGAACUGCUUCUCCAUGCUCUGCCGGGCUGUCGGGGCAAGGGUGCGCUGGGUUUGGAAUGCGGAGGACCGUGUGUGGACCGAGAUCUACUCGGAGCAUCAGCGCCGGUGGGUGCAUGUCGAUGCGUGCGAGGAGGCGUGGGAUGUACCGUUGCUUUACACUCAAGGGUGGGGCAAGAAGAUGAGUUACUGCAUCGCCUUCUCGCUAGACGGCGCUACCGAUGUUAGACGGAGGUAUAUCCGCAGAGCCGAGCACGCCAAAAGCGCCGUCAGAUGCCCCGAGGCGGUCCUUCACCACGUCAUCGCGGAAGUGAGGAAUUUGCGACGGGAGCAGCUGUCUGGGGAGGAAAAGUCGCGGUUGGCGGAGGAGGACUGUCGGGAGGAACGGGAGCUGUCUUGGUACAUUGCCGAGGAUGUCGCCAACUACCUCAGCCUGUCAGCUUUCGUGACGGCCGAGGAGGCCCUCGAGGAGGCCCGCGGUGAGGGCCGCGGGACGAGGAAAGCGAGGUCGAAUACAGGCAAGAGAACGAAUCGGGAAUGGUUGGCUGGGCUGCCAAGGAGUUUGCAUCCGGGGCCGUCCCGGUAGUUAGUAUGGAACCUCCCUCGACGUGAGAACUAGGGACCUGAGGUAUGGGGUGUUUUUGAAGUUGGGGAUUGCCGUCGAAGACAUUGAGACUUUGAUGUGUUUCAUUUGAACCCCAAAUCAUGGAGGUGUGGGCUGGAGAAAGUGAUGGGUUACCUAAGGUGCGGUCCGCAAUCAAAAUCGGGCUGUCUUCAGAAGUUGGCCGGAUGGGACAUUUCUCCAGAGAGAAGCCGGCAGACUCAACCCUCCUUUCUCGUUGCAUCGCUAAAUUUGUCGCGCUAAGCGCCAGAGAGCGCAACCCGUUCA